GCACGAGCCCCCUCCUCUCACCCGUCGUGUCGCCGUCGUUGUCCUCGUCGCUCUCUCCAUCUCCACAAUCCCCCUCCACCCCGUAUCCUCCUCCAUCUCCUCCCUCCCCUCCCCAUCACUCUCUCUGUGAGAGUACUCUCCCGUCACCUGUCUCCCACCUUGUAUCCGGCUGGAUCCGGAAUCCCAACUGCAAGGCAUAAACAACACAACAUCAUGUCAGGCGUGCAGGCCACUCCUGGCAAGCGCGGCGCCAAGCGUGCUCUGCCUCCCAAUACGCCCAGCUCUCUCCCUCCCACACCACAGACUCGGCGUCGACGCGACGACGAUGACGACGACGACUCACAAGACUCCCAACCUCCAGCGAAACGCCAGCUCGUUGCGCCCCGCUCAAGCCUCCCCGAGCACCUGGCCAACCUCUUGACGCUGCACCACGCCUUCAACAUCGCCCUGUCUCUACACAUCGCACAACACCCACCCGUCCUCCCACCACACUCGGCGAGCGCAACCCGCGUCGGCGUGCCGAACGUGACGACGUUCCACGCGCUGCGCAGUGUGGUGGAACGCACCGCCGGCCGGCGCUUCGGGCGCGAAGAGCUGGCGCGCCUCGCCUGGCUGUGGACGUGGGACGGCGAAUCCCUGCCCGCAGAUACGGAGGACGACAACCCGUUCCUCGUGCGCCCGGCGGUCGAGUCCGUCUCGGGCCUCAGCUACCUCAUCACCGUGACGCGCACGCUCGAAGCCGGGCGGCGGGUGCACACGCACGGCAUCGGCAUCGAGCUCGAGAUCCAAGCCGGUGAGACGCGGCAGCUGCUCCUCGGCGGCGCGCCAGGCGGGCUCGGUAACCGCGGACAAGGGGGAGGCAUGCGCUUGAUGGGCCGGUGGAAUGCGGGCGCCGAUCUGCGCCAGGACGAAGUCAGGCGGCGCCUCGAGCGCUGGGUCGAGCUCAAUGGCGGAGAGGUGACGCCCCUCGAAACGGCGCAUCUCCCGACGCCAACGACACGGACGUCAGGCCGCUCAGCCAUCCCGCCCAUCCCGUUGCUGCCAUUACCCAAAUUUCCCUCCGUGCCUUCAGCGGGCAACCUCUUCUCCUCGCCCGCCAUGUCCGAAAUGGGCCUGACUUCGUCCCCGAAGAAGCCCACGCUCCUCUCCGAUCCCUUCGAGAUCAAGGAGAAGCCGGCGGCCGGCACGCCCGAAGAACGCAAGAAGGCGCUGUUCGCGCGCAUCAAAGCCCGUUCCCGGCCUACGUUCAGCGAGUCCCUGGCCUCAAGCUCGGGCGUAAUCCACCGCCGGUCAGACCAAGAGGAGCUGAAGCGGCGCGCGACGCUCAGCCGCCUCGAAGGCGUUGCCGAGGGCGUGUGGAUGAUGUUUUCCGCCCCGCCGCCAGGCUCGGGAAGCGGGACGCCGCGCGCGCGCCGCCGCGCUCUCCCUUUCUCCGAGGUGGCCGAAACGGUGGUCCAGAGCUCCAAGACACCGAUCUCCAUUGCUGAAGCCGAGACAUCGCUCCAGAUGCUCGUGGACUUGUGUCCCUUCUUCGUGACUUCCAAACGCGUGGGGCGGCACGACUGGCUCGAGCUCCGGGCUGAGCCGCCGUCGUCGCCUGGUUCUGUCCUCUCCAGCCCCGGGAUUGCGGGGCCAGCGAGCCCCGGGCGCGUGCGGCGUACUGGCGGAUUGAGGGAGGUGCGGGAGCGCAUCCGGCGCGAGUUGGGCGAGGCGUAGGGACGUACAGGCGUGGGCGUAGGCGUAGAGAGGGAGAAGUCAGAAGUUCGAUCGGCACGAUGCCGUUUCUUGUAGCCUACUAUGGUAACAUGCAUUUAAUCAAAC